AUGGCGGCGAGUCCAGACCUCUCGUCCAUGCGGUCAGGCUGCAUGCCUGAGCCCCUGCAGACAGCUCAAGCUCUGUACAACUACGAGGCGGUGGAAGAUGACGAGCUCUCCUUCGCACGAGGAGACAAGAUGAUCCUAUACAGCAGCCCAGAAGAAGGCUGGUAUGAGUGCGAGCUUAAAGGACAGAUAGGUUUGGUGCCUGCCAAUUAUGUCCGCUUGAUCUUCCCCGAACAACAGCUGCGACUUGCACAGACCAGCGGUUACUUGCAAAACUCUCCACAACCUUUCUCUGCUGCUGGCAGGCUCAGCGCCGAACUCUAUGGUCAAGGGUCGUCCAGGAACGGGACACCAUUGCUGGGGCCUUCUCUUGCUACUCCGAAGCUCGGUCCUCGAUGGAGCUCGAAUGAUGUGCUGACGGAGAACGACAAGGUGCUGAACGAGGAGAGCGGAGUUAAGAACGUUCAUGAGCGUCUGUAUGAAGAAGGAAUCAUCUUGAUCAAGAAACAACAAGUCAAGCAGGAGAUGUCGAAACAAGCUGAGGGCAUGCAAACCAAGAAUGUCAAACCUCAUCUGAAUCAAAAGUCCAUGCAGCUAGCCUCAAGGAGGAAGCCUGACAAAGGAAGGAAUUAUGGGGAAUUCUUAUAUCAGGAAGGUCAGCUCAAGAAAUAUCAGAAAGCAGAAUACAUGAACAUGCUGAAGAGAGAAGAAGAAGCCAAGGAAGACAUCGAAAACACCUUCACACCGCGGAUUUCGCAGUCGAGCAAAACGUUGAGGCGGGACAUGCCUGUGGUUGAACGACUGCUCAUGCUAGAGCAAAUAAAGCAAGAGAGACUAGAGAGGCUGAAGAGAACCCGAGAGCAGGAGGAGAGCCGGGAGCUGAUAUUCUCCCCUCGCAUAACAGACUACGAAGUGAAGGAAGAAAAGAAGACGGAGCUGUAUGGAAAGGACGCGCAGAGACAGCGAGACUUUCAGAAGCAUCUGCUGCAGGAGAAGUUGAAGAGGGACCUCGGGCUCACUCACACUCCCCGCCUGUGCGAGAGAUCCAGGAGGAUCGCUAGGAGAUCUGAGGGCGAGGAGGUGUGGGAGCGACUGCACAAGGACGCAGAACGCAGGGAGAUGAAGUUCAGCAACAUGACAAGAAGUCCGACUUCACAGAUUCCGGGACUGGACCUGGCUGGGAUAGAGAAACACAUGAAAGAAGGAGGGAGGAGGUCCAACAGGGACGUGAGCGAUCUGUCGUGCGGGAGCCAGUCGUCACGGGGGGUCGUGAUCAGAGACGCCUCUUUCACGUCCCAGCAGAGUGCAGCUUGCCACUCGCUCUACGAGAAGGCAGAGAAACGACGGACGAUGCUGCAGGAGCUGGAGAGACAGAGAGACGAAGAGGAGCAGAGCCUGAGGAGGCACUCCAAGAUAACUCCCAAGUCGGAGGAGCUGAGUGCUCACAGGAAGAAGAAAGACUACAUGUCAGCUAUCGAGAGGUUUGGGUUCGUGACGAACCUGAACAACGAGUCAGCCGUCAACUUCCUUUCUUUCUCUCGUGGUUUCCAUCGUGUUUUCGAGCACAGCAACUCACGGGUCUACCUGUUUGUGUGCUCCAAUCAGAGCUUGAGGGAGAAGACCUUGAAACAAGUGUGGGCGGAGGUGCUGCAAAUGUCCAAAGUCACGAAAGAAAAAGAUCCGGAGAUGCUGACCGUUCCUCUGGAGAUCUUUACAGAAACCCUCGUGUCAUGCAGAGAGAAUCAUUGCAUCGAGUCGCUCGAGAAUGAGGACAAGAAGAAUGUGCUUCGAAUCUUGUCGGACAUGGCAAGGAUUAUCUUCCUGGACCGGCUGUCCAGCAACAAGCCUUCACACCAGAUUCGAAGUGAGAGGGCUGGCUUUGAAAAGAGGCUGAAGCAGUUGCAACUGGAAGCCGCGCAAGAGUUUCGGAAGAUAGUGAGGGAGUUGGGAGGAAAGCUCAACGACUCGGAGUGUGACCUGCUCUUCGAGUAUUACGACCAAGAGAACCGGACCCUGAGGCUCACUGACUUUGUGUUGAACUCCUCGGGUAUCUUGACCUCUCGCAAGAUCGCAAUGGAGCGAUGGCUGAAGAGGUACGACAUCAACAACAUGGGAGCCAUCUCCAUCAUACAACUGGGUCUGCAUGACUCAAUCUCACUCGCCACAAAGAAGCGAAUUCAGAUCUUCGAUGGAGUCAUAGACAGGAUACAAGAGGUCAACAUGCGACUGCAGAGCAUCAAAGAAAAGUUCCGCCACACCUUUGAAGAAGAGCUCCAGGAAGGACUGUCAAGCCCUCCUGCAGCCAAGGCAAACUCGGAGGGAGGUCUUGACGGCAGUUUGAAUCAGAUCCCCCGGCACGAGAUCCUCCAUCAGUUGUCUCGAAAGAAGUUCGAGAAGAUGUUUGCAGCUCGACAGAAGCAGGACGAGAAGGAGAUGGAGCACUGCACUUUCCGGCCUGUUGUCAACCCCACCAGGUCGCAUACCCGCAAGUCGAACUCGGACACCACGAGCGUAGAAGACAGAUUGUUCUAUGGAUCAUCGCACAAGAAGAAGUGUGAGAACACAAAGACCUGGGAGGAAAGAGAGCUUGAACUUUGCACAUUCCGACCUACGCUGGUGAGCAAAUCUCCGAAAGUUUCAGGCAACAAGGACUCGUCGGUCAAGCCCAGAGAGGACGCGAGCAAGAGACACGUCGACAGAGUGCGAAGAGGGGAAGAGCCUGAAGCAAACAUCACUGCCAAGAGUUUGAGCCCCCCGAGCCAGGAAGCAAGACCUCCCAUGCUUCUGACUGAGAUCCGAAAGAAUUUCGUCAACCCGCCCUUGUUCUGCCUGGAUGUUGACCUUGGCAACGGCAAGAUGCAGAGGCUGGAAGUCCACAAGGGCGAUGACGUGGCACACCUUGUGGGAUCGUUCUGCAGGCACUAUAACCUUGACGACAAGUGCUGCCAGAACCUCCAGGCCCUCAUCGACGAGCAGCUUGUAUGUAUCGACUUGCACGGCUACACCUCUCCGAGCGAGACCAGCGUGCUGGAAAGCGACGACUCUUCUAUCUGA